AUCCGUUCCAUCUUCUUUUGUAUCUCAACGUCUCUUACGCCUUUCCAAUCAAAACCUCCCGUGUUCUACCCAACCACAUUCAUCAUGAUGUUCACGUCUGUUAUCGCCACCCUCGUCGCAUUUGCCAUCCCCGCACUUGCUCAGACCACAGUCAGCGUCUCGUACGACACUUCCUACGACAAUGGUGCUGCAUCUCUCAGCACUGUAGCAUGCUCUGACGGUGUCUACGGCCUCGAAACCGAAGGCUACACCACCUUCUCAUCGCUCCCUGACUUCCCCUACAUUGGUGGUGCACCUGCUAUCACAGGCUGGGACUCCCCGUCUUGUGGUACUUGCUGGGAGUUAAACUACUCGGCUGGCAGCAUCAAUGAGACUAUCUACGUGACUGCAAUGGACGUCGGACAGGAUGGGUUCAAUCUUUCUUUGGAGGCGAUGAACGCUUUGACCAACAAUCUCGCGCAACAAUUGGGUAGAAUCAGUGCUACCGCAACUCUAGUCUCCAACUCCAGCUGUGGCUUCUAAUCGGAGAUGUGAAAUAACGCGAUCCAUGAGCUUUCAUGGUAAUGAGAUUGCAAAAAAUGAUGGACGUUUUAUUCAUGGACACUCUACGCAUUGAUGGACUAUUUUGCAACGCAAUGAUUUCUUUUUGUUGGUUCUUGGACUCUUCUUUUGUGGUGACAUGUUUUCUGUACAGUACCGUAAUUUCAUUCAUGGGACGCUCGUAGUUGAUUUUAGUGCACGCUUCUUUUUGGUAUCGGUCGUAGAACUAUGAUUUGUUCGCAAUACACGAUGGCUCAUGAU